GGGAGCCAGCGGGCAAGGGCGGGCAAGCGAGUGAGCGAGGCCGGCGCCCUCUCGGGCAGUGCCCGGGGCCUGGGUCCACGCCGAGGGCAGGACGCACUUCAGCAGGUAAUUUUUUCUGCAGGAUGAAUUAAGAGAAGAGACUACUUCCUCAUCAGGAAUGGAGAGUACUUUGUCAGCUUCCAAUAUGCAAGACCCUUCAUCUUCACCUUUGGAAAAGUGUCUUGGCUCGGCUAAUGGAAAUGGAGACCUUGACUCUGAAGGCUCAAGCUUGGAGGAAACUGGCUUCAACUGGGGAGAAUAUUUGGAAGAGACAGGAGCAAGUGCUGCUCCUCACACGUCAUUCAAACACGUUGAAAUCAGCAUUCAGAGCAAUUUCCAGCCAGGAAUGAAAUUGGAAGUGGCUAAUAAGAACAACCCGGACACGUACUGGGUGGCCACGAUCAUUACCACGUGUGGACAGCUGCUGCUUCUGCGCUACUGUGGUUACGGGGAGGACCGCAGGGCCGACUUCUGGUGUGACGUGGUCAUAGCGGACUUGCACCCUGUCGGGUGGUGCACGCAGAACAACAAAGUGUUGAUGCCCCCGGACGCAAUCAAAGAGAAGUACACAGACUGGACUGAAUUUCUCAUACGUGACUUGACCGGUUCGAGGACAGCACCUGCCAACCUCCUGGAAGGUCCUCUGCGAGGGAAAGGCCCUAUAGACCUCAUUACAGUUGGUUCCUUAAUAGAACUUCAGGAUUCCCAGAGCCCUUUUCAGUACUGGAUAGUUAGUGUGAUUGAAAAUGUUGGAGGAAGAUUACGCCUUCGCUAUGUGGGAUUGGAGGACACUGAAUCCUAUGACCAGUGGUUGUUUUACUUGGAUUACAGACUUCGACCAGUUGGUUGGUGUCAAGAGAAUAAAUACAGAAUGGACCCACCUUCAGAAAUCUAUCCUUUGAAGAUGGCCUCUGAAUGGAAAUGUACUCUGGAAAAAUCCCUUACUGAUGCUGCCAAAUUUCCUCUUCCAAUGGAAGUAUUUAAGGAUCACGCAGAUUUGCGAAGCCAUUUCUUCACAGUUGGGAUGAAGCUUGAGACAGUGAAUAUGAGCGAGCCCUUUUACAUCUCUCCUGCAUCAGUGACUAAGGUUUUUAACAAUCACUUUUUUCAAGUGACUAUUGAUGACCUAAGACCUGAACCAAGCCAAGUUUCAGUGCUGUGCCAUGCAGAUUCUUUGGGGAUUUUGCCAGUACAGUGGUGCCUUAAAAACGGAGUCAGCCUUACUCCUCCCAAAGGUUACUCUGGCCAGGACUUCGACUGGGCAGAUUAUCACAAGCAGCAUGGGGCGCAGGAAGCCCCUCCCUUCUGCUUCCGAAAUACAUCAUUCAGUCGAGGUUUCACAAAGAACAUGAAACUUGAAGCUGUGAACCCCAGGAAUCCAGGAGAACUGUGUGUGGCCUCCGUUGUGAGUGUGAAGGGAAGGCUGAUGUGGCUUCACCUGGAAGGGCUGCAGACUCCUGUUCCAGAGGUUAUUGUUGAUGUGGAAUCCAUGGACAUCUUCCCCGUGGGCUGGUGUGAAGCCAAUUCUUAUCCUUUGACUACACCACACAAAACAGUCUCACAAAAGAAGAGAAAGAUUGCAGUUGUGCAACCAGAGAAACAAUCGCCGGCCGCAGUGCCUGUUAAGAAAAUACCUCAUGACCUUUGUUUAUUCCCUCACCUGGACACCACAGGAACCGUCAAUGGGAAAUACUGCUGUCCUCAGCUCUUCAUCAACCACAGGUGUUUCUCAGGCCCUUACCUGAACAAAGGAAGGAUCGCCGAGCUACCUCAGUCGGUGGGACCAGGCAAAUGCGUGCUGGUUCUUAAAGAGGUCCUUAGCAUGAUAAUCAACGCAGCCUACAAGCCUGGAAGGGUAUUAAGAGAAUUACAGCUGGUAGAAGAUCCCCACUGGAAUUUUCAGGAGGAGACGUUGAAAGCCAAAUACAGAGGCAAAACCUACAGGGCUGUGGUCAAAAUCGUACGGACAUCGGACCAGGUCGCGAAUUUCUGCCGCCGAGUCUGUGCCAAGCUAGAGUGCUGUCCGAAUUUGUUUAGUCCGGUGCUAGUGUCUGAACACUGCCCGGAGAACUGCUCCAUUCAUACCAAAACCAAGUACACCUAUUACUAUGGAAAGAGAAAGAAGAUCUCCAAGCCCCCCAUCGGAGAAAGCAACCCCGACAGCGGACACCCCAAACCCACCAGGCGGAGGAAGCGACGGAAAUCCAUUUUUGUGCAGAAGAAACGGAGGUCUUCUGCCGUGGACUUCACAGCAGGCUCGGGGGAGGAAAGUGAGGAAGAGGACGCGGACGCCAUGGACGACGACACCGCCAGUGAGGAGACCGGCUCCGAGCUCCGGGAUGACCAGACGGACACAUCGUCAGCGGAGGCGCCCUCGGCCCGGCCCCGGAGGGCCGUCACCCUGCGGAGCGGCUCAGAGCCCCCACGCCUGCCACCCCCGGAGAGGACACGAAGGGGCCGCAGGGCACCGGCCGCCUCCUCUGCAGAGGAAGGGGAGAAGUGCCCGCCAGCCAAGCCCGAGGGGACAGAGGACACAAAACAGGAGGAGGAGGAGAGACUGGUUCUGGAGAGCAACCCGUUGGAGUGGACGGUCACCGACGUGGUGAGGUUCAUUAAGCUGACGGACUGUGCCCCCUUGGCCAAGAUAUUUCAGGAGCAGGACAUUGACGGCCAAGCACUCCUGCUUCUGACCCUCCCAACGGUGCAGGAGUGCAUGGAGCUGAAGCUCGGGCCUGCCAUCAAGUUAUGCCACCAGAUUGAGAGAGUCAAAGUGGCUUUCUACGCCCAGUAUGCCAACUGAGUCUGCCCUCGGGAGGUGGCCCAUUAUCGCUGGGAUGUGGUGUUGGUAAAGGUUUCCAGGACUGAAACUUUGAUUUCCAGGAUAUGUUGCAUGGUACGGACACUGAGUAUCACCAGAAAGCCAGAAGCCCAGGAUCUCCUGCCUCUGCCAGCCUGUGAGCUGUUCCCAUGUUUUCAAAGCACAGUGAGGCAUGCAGAAGUCACUUCUGGAGAGCACCAGUAAAAGUAGUGCAUCAGCCUUUCUUCACCCACAUUUUGCCUUUCUCCCACCACAAACCAGGCAGCUCCCUUGGAGCCAGGUUUCUUAAAAUGAGGCCUGCAUUCUUUGAAAACGAAGAAUGUCACCAAGGAAGAAACCUCACCCCAUGCCAUAGAGCUUCCUGUAAUAAAACGGGCACAUUUAUCGACGCUGUUUCCUAUGGAUAGGCGUGUGACACUGGUCAAGUGGCACACACGGUUUCAUCUUGGUGGCAACUCCUUUCUCUAACACAGCUGGCAGCGAUGUCCUUAUGAAAAGAUGUGCUAAAGCUCUGUCCUCUGUUAGAGAUGCCUCUUAGGAAUACGGGGAGUGAAGGAGGCCAGUAGGCUUCUCCGUGCAACUGGAUUAUCUGUUUGUUUGUUGUGUUGUGU